AUGUCUAUCUUAUCGUAUUGGCGAGAUAAAUGCCUGGCAGUCAUUCUCCGAUUCCUCGUCGGGCUCGUAGCUCGCGUACAUGCUACACCGGAUGAAGUGCGCCAGAUCAAGUCCCGCGAUGCUGGCCGCUCAAUCAGAGUUCAUGUGUAUCGCUCUUCCAGCACCGGACCAUCACCCGUGCUCCUCAACUGGCACGGCAGUGGGUUUCUACUACCACACCAUGGCAGCGAUGACGAGUUCUGCCGACAAGUCAGUCGCGAGACCAAAUAUGCAGUCCUCGACUGCGCAUAUCGCCUAGCGCCAGAACACCCCUUCCCCGCAGCACUGAACGACGUUGAAGAUGCCAUCAAAUACGUGCUGGCACGCCCAAAUGAAUUUGAUCUCACCCACGUGUCCCUCUCAGGCUUCAGCGCUGGAGGUAACCUCGCGCUAGCCGCCGCGGCCAACCUCUUCCCCACCGACACUUUCCACUCGCUAUUGGCAUAUUAUCCCGUGACCGAUCUGAGCACAGAUGGCAGCAAAAAGUCUACUCCAGUCGAUAAGGGCCGGGCGAUCCCAGUCUUCAUCGGGCGCCUAUUCAACCGCUGUUAUAUCCCCUCUACCUUUGAUAGGCGAGACCCGCGCAUCUCACCGCUGUUCGCACGGGCAGAUCAGUUCCCACAGCGCCUCCUCAUGAUCACUGCAGAUAUGGACUCUCUUGCUCUCGAAGCAGAGAAGUUGGCUCAGAAGAUCGAGGAGUCGCCCGGGCGGCAUGUGGUCAGCCAACGCAUGGCGGACUGUACUCAUGCGUGGGACAAGCGCACGAGGGCGGGAACCCCACGACAUGCAGCCAAAGAGCUAGCCUACAAGUUGGCAGUUGACAUGCUAAACACCGAAUAG